UUUUAUUGGUGGAUGGGGCUAUGCAUUUUUAGUUGUAUGAAAUGAGUUUAUAUUUUGAUUUUUUGAAUCUAGUCUAGCAGGUGGCAAGUGAUUUAUGAUUUUGAAAUAUUUUGAACGGUAGCCGAAAUGAAGCAAACAAUAAAAAUAUCCCAAACUAUUAUAGAUAGACUAGGACACAGCCUUAACAGCUGUGAUGGUAAUUUGUAUGGAAUUUCCCAUAAAAAUGAACUAUUUAUCCUGGUUUUACAGGCAGAUUCAGAAAACAAAAUUGAUUUCGUUAAUUUCCUUCCUACCGGAAUUGAAUUAUGCGGCCGUUUUCAAGUUACAGCCGAAAGUACUGACUUAAAUAUACAACUUCCAACUAAAUCAAUAUUACUUACAAGUAGUAUUGGCAAAGAAAAUAACGUUAAUAUUUACCAAGAACAGAAUGGAAAACUCAAUAAAUCUGAAUAUCACAUUAUCACUGAACAAGAGAUUAAUAGCACAUUUUUAUUUAUCAGACUAAAAGGCGAAGUUGUCCUUAAAUCUGAAUUUACCAUUCAAGCAUUGAAGGAUGCCUUCCAAGUAAUUCAGAAAUCACUACCAUCUGAUAGUGUUUUUGGUCUUUUAAAAAGCAAUUUAUUUCUCCAAGAACAUGACACAAUAAAUGCUGAGUUUAAUAGUACUAUUAAUGAAUUUUAUGAGGAUUUAAAUACUGCAAAUGAUGAAGGCAAUAGAAAAAAGAAUAAAGUUGUUAAUAUAAAGCCAAGAGUUUUAGACUUUAACUUUCUUCAACAAUUAACAAGGGAUAAAUCAGUUGAUAGUAUAAAAGAACAUGCUCCAAUUGGAAUUCUUAACAAAAAUCCAUUGACGAUUAUUGAUACAUUGUUACCACUAGAUUGUAUAUCUAUGGUUCAUGAACAAACUAAGAUAAGUAAACUCUAUGAAAUUUUACUAAAAAGUACUACAAAUAGAUUAAGUUUAUUUGAAGAGAAAAUUCUUCAAUUCGUAAAAAGUAACAGCAACUUUUUGAGAUUUCAACCAUACCAUUAUUAUCCUGAGGAAUGCAAACAUUUUUUGACAUUACUAUAUGCCAAAAGUCAGACAGAUAAAGAUACUGAAUCGGAACGCCAACUAAUACACAAACAAUUGCUCUUGGAUUCGUAUACCCCUAGAUUUAGAAGAGCAAAUCAGUAUUCAUUUGACAAGAAAUUGAAUGGUCCAUUGCUUAACCCGCAUGAAGGAAUUAAAAACACUGAUAAUGGUUCGUACCUUUUAAUGUCUUACCACUUAGUACAACGUGGUACAAUUGCAUUAGUUAAAGGUAAAUAUGAGUACUACCACUAUUGUCAAAAUAAUAUGGAUGACAAUGGUUGGGGUUGUGCUUAUCGCUCCUUACAAACUUUAGCUUCCUGGUUUAAACUGCAGGGUUAUGUUGAUAGGGAAGUGCCCACUUAUAAGGAAAUACAACAAUGCUUGGUAGAUAUUAGAGAUAAACCUGCUAGCUUUGUUGGGUCCAGGCAGUGGAUUGGAUCCACCGAAGUUAAUUUUGUGUUAAAUACAUUAUUAGGUGUUCAAAAUAAAAUUGUCUAUGUUAGUAAUGGUGAAGAUAUGGCUUCGCAAGGUCCUGAAUUGGUUAAUCAUUUUCAGAAUUAUGGGUCACCCAUAAUGAUAGGUGGGGGAGUUUUGGCUCAUACAAUUUUGGGAGUUGACUACAAUCAACAGACUGGUGAUAUAAGAUUUUUAAUUCUCGAUCCCCACUAUACGGGAGGGGAAGAUUUACAUGUUAUACAAAAUAAAGGAUGGUGUGGCUGGAAAAAUCUCUCAUUUUGGAAUAAAACAGCAUACUACAAUAUGUGCUUACCGCUUGUUCCUAGAGAAGUUUAAAUUUCCAUUGGAUUUAUAAAUUCGAUUACACUGUUACAUUUUUUAUGUUUAUGUAUAAAGAAUAAAGCAUUAUCAUUAAAAUAUUUUAAUAAAUUACUUUUCAUGUCCAUA